AAGGAUUUUAAUAAUUUGGCCGAGAAGCAUAGCGAAAACUCGACAACUGUCACAAAAUCACAGAAUAUGUUCAGAUUGUUAACGCUUGCUUGUGUGUUCUGUUCUGCACCACCAAAUAAAUAAGCUUUCAACAACAAUCCCAAUUUUCACUUCACAAAGGAAAGGAAAAUCUUCUCUCUUCCCUAGGAAGGUUGAAUGAUUUGGAAAAAUGAGUUCUGGCAAUGUGAAGCCAGAAGAAGAAGCCCUAGAAAAGGAGAAUGUAGGUGUUCCUGUCCCUGAAAUUUCAGAACCAAAAGAGCAGAAGGCUGGAAGUAACUGCAAGGGAAUUGAGCAGAUUCCUUUGUCUGGGGAAAAUGAAGAGGAUGUGCUAGUUAAUAUAACUGGGAGUGGGUCCAUAAUUUCUGGUGGCAAGGCAGUGGAAGAUGCUUCUGAGGAUGUCACUGAUGCCACGCCUUGCAGUUCCAGUUCUUUUGGUGAUACAGAUUCUGGCUUAGAGGAUGCCUCAGCCUCGGCGUUCACCAAUACGGAAGUGGAAUCGCCUAUGUGUGAUGGUGAUCAAAGUAAGACUUCUCUAUGUAGGAAGAACAAGACGACAACAUCACAUUGGAGGAGGUUCAUUCACCCUGUUAGGUGGCGCUGUAAGUGGCUAGAAUUGCAAGUGAAGAAACUUAACUCUGUAGCACUGAAAUAUGAUAAAGAGCUCGCGGCAUACGAUCAUAGAAAGCAGCUUGAGUUUUCAAAGUUCUCAAUAGAUGAUCUUAAUGUCAAGUCAGUACCUAUAUAUGAUGGCAUUCACACAAAUAAAGUUAUGAAGAGAAAGAAACGGAAAAAAGCUGAAGAAAGUGAUUUAUCAUCAUAUGUGUCUAAUCAUAGUAUAUUCUCUUACUACGAGAACAAAAACCGUGGCGCUUGUAUUGAAGAUUUUCGUGGUGAUGCCUUGAGAGGUAAUGCAGAGAUUAAUAUUGAGGAGUUAAAGUUUAAUGAUAAGCUGCCUUCUGUUGAUCUUGAAGAUAAUGAUAAAGCCAUCAAAGACAUCAUUCAGAGGAUUGAAGAACUACAGUCACAAGUUGGGAAAUUGAAAACUCGGAUUGAUAAUGUGGUUAGUGAAAAUCCAGGAAAGUUCUGUUCUGUAACUCAAUUGAGCAUGAUUGGAUCAUCUGAUGGAUUUAAUCAUUCUCGCCAUAAUUCUGCUUCUUUUGUUGGAAAUGACAACACAUUUCCGGUUAGUUUUGUUCAUGCUUCAUCACAGCUUAAAUCUGAGUUAAACACAGAAGAUCUACUUUUGACUGAAAAUCCAUUACCAUCCCAGGACAGGAUAACUUCCUUUAUCGAAACGACUAUUAAGCCCCAGCUUGAGUUUCUCCAGGAAAAUACCAAGGAUGAAAUUCUUAUACAAAAUCAGGCAGCCAAGGAAGAGUUGCAUGAUUUUGAGAGUGUUAGAAAUCAGUUUGUGGAGAAAACCAAGAAAUCAGUUGAAGAGCAGAAACCCAUUUCCGCUGCUCAAGUCUCAGAAUCUGUCAUGGACACUGAGAAUGCUGUUCCUACUUUGAAAGCCGGUUCUACAUCGAACUCAAAUUUUCGUAGGAUAACAAAUAGGAGAAGGAAGAAGCCUGGUUCAAAGAGAUGGAAACGCAGAUAAUCUGGUUAAAGCUGAAUCUGGAUGCAAUGAUUGUUGUUUCUUUUGACAACUGCAGGAGCUGAUAAUAUGUCAAUCGUAAUGUGUAAAUUGUAGUUAUGUUGUGCAUACUUUUCUUACAUCGAGAAAUGAGUUCAAUUGUAUAUGACGUGAAUAAGGAUAGCAUGCUCACCUCUAUCUUUAGAGGAAGCUUUUGUUUUUUGUUACUGGAGAAUUCUUGUUUAAAGCAAUGCUGUUUCUUGAUUUGCUUGGGGAUUAUUGUGUCAGGAAUUAAUGAGUCUCUUCUCUCGUUGCCUAAUAUAUUAACUACAUAUCCUUUGAUGCUGUUUGACA